GUGACCUUGGAUGUUACAUACCUUAUUAUGUGGCUCCCUGCAAGAGGCCGCUUCAGGGCCUCGACUCGGGCAAGCAAACAGUGAACUCAACGCUCUGUUGUUGUGAGUGUGCGACUGAAAAUACAACCACCAGUCGUUGCCUCACCCUGGAGAGAAUCGUCCACCAAUGUCGGAUAACGUCGAAAGAAAGAGGACGCCAACCUAUCCGUUCAGCCUCUCUCCGCCUCGCUUUCUCGUACGCGUGGGAGAGCCGAGGCGUGUUCGGUUCAUUCUUGUCAUAAUCUCGAGAGCUCUCUGGCGAAAAUUCACCACGAAGUACAUGAUCAACCAGCAGGCCUUGUUCGCACGGCCGAACCUGGAAUAUGAGCGUCAGGGUCACUCACGUGCAUUGCUUCCUAAGACCCGUGGAGCCGUCUCGCCCUCUGUUCUGGGGAAGGUGGACUGGCCGACUGGGUCCAGGCCAGGAUCACGAUGCCGUGGCGGCAGCAAAGUCGAUGACAUGCAUUUCGUUCCAGAUGAAGUCAUGGCCGGGCCCAAGGCUGCCGACAAUCUGAUCCCCUCACAUGCUGUGAAUAGCCUCAUUCGUCGCUCCGAUAAGUAAUGCUGGCAAGUCCGCCUCACCAGAACUUGCGAUCUGGCCCGAUUUGCGUUCCCUUGAGCACAGUGCUGGAGAGGGCCGUGUUUGCCAGGCUGAUUCAAGGGUAUGAAGUGUUGCAUUCGCUUCUCGCACCAGACUGGCCACCAACUGCCCCCGGCCAGCCGUGGCUGCUGUCGGCAUUCCGAGUGGAACCCUUGAUGGCGGCUAUCCUCGCUGUUCUGAUGACGUUCCUGUCAGCAUUGCAGCGCGGCCGAUUGCGGACGACCCUCUUCUUAUCACCAUGGGUAUCAUGGCAUCGUGAAAGAUAUUACUGGAAAAACAAAACCCUCGGCAGUUUGUAGGCACUUCAAAAGCUUGGAGCGAUCGAACAUCAUUUCCUGGUGCCGAUAUCGUUUUCAACUUCAACAUUUGCGCGGAGGCUUGCCAAAUCUCAGCACGGCCAAGUAUCGUGGCUUGGAAUUUGGGGAAGUGGGGUAGUUAAGGAAAGGGACGGAAUUGAGAUAACGGCGGGGAUUUGAUGAUGGCUUUCUGGUGAAUCGCGGGUGAAUCGCGCGGUCGGAAAGGCCUUUGCGUCAUUGGAAUAUUCGUGUCCAUGCAGCACCUACUUCUAGGAUGGGCCGUGUACAUAGUAAAGACGGCAAAUAUUCGAUUUAAGGAGGCGCAAAC